AGAGAGAGAGGAGAGAGGGUGGAGAAGGGGAAGCGAGGCGUAUAAAUGCGAGCAGCGGGUCACGUAAUCCCUUUCCCUUUGCCUUUCCUUCUGCUCCUCCUCCUCCUCCUCCUUGUCGACUCUUCGUUUGUAAGAAUUCGAGGGAUUGCUAUUCUGAAAAGAGAAGAAUUGCGAGUAGGGUAGGUGGGUGAGAGGGAGAUGUGGAGACCGCCGGCGAUCCUGCUGAUCGCGGCCUGGGCGGUGACCGCGCUCGCCGCCUCCGACUCGGCCGGGGCGGAUGCGGGAUUCCCGGCGAAGCUGAGGCUGGAGAGGGCGCUGCCGACGAGAGGGGUCGGACUGGAGCAUCUCAGAGCUCGGGACCGUGCCCGCCACGGCCGGUCCCUGCUUGGCGCAUCCUCCUCGCCGGCGUCUGCUGCCGCAGGCGUGGUGGAUUUCCCCGUCGAGGGAUCCGCCAACCCCUUCACCGUGGGGCUUUAUUUUACUCGCGUGAAACUGGGGAACCCAGCAAAAGAAUUUUAUGUACAGAUUGAUACGGGAAGCGAUAUCUUGUGGGUGACAUGCAAUCCGUGCAAUGGGUGCCCAACAUCCAGUGGGCUGAAUAUCCAGCUGGAGUUCUUUGACCCUGACAAGUCAUUGUCAUCGUCACGAAUAAGUUGCUCCGAUGACCGGUGCACCUCUGCCCUCGAAACCGGAGAGGCAUUGUGCUCAACUUCUGAUUCUUCAAGCUCUCCUUGCAGUUACUCAUUCCAGUAUGGUGAUGGGAGUGGCACCAAUGGAUUUUAUGUAUCUGAUACUAUAUACUUUGAUACAGUUUUGGGAAAUGAGCAGAUUGUGAAUUCUUCAGCUACAAUUGUUUUUGGAUGUAGCAACUCACAAUCUGGAGACUUGAUGAAGUCAGAUAGGGCAGUUGACGGGAUUUUUGGUUUCGGACAGCAUGAACUAUCUGUCAUAUCGCAGCUAUCCUCUAUUGGUGUCGCCCCUAAAGUUUUUUCUCAUUGCUUGAAGGGGUCAGAAAAUGGUGGAGGCAUAUUGGUUCUUGGAGAGAUUGUAGAACCGGGUAUUGUCUAUACCCCACUUGUUCCCUCACAGUCUCAUUACAACUUGAAUUUGGAGAGUAUUGCUGUCAACGGGCAAACACUAUCUAUUGAACCGUCAGUGUUUGCAACAUCAAACACACAAGGAACCAUCAUUGACUCGGGGACCACAUUGACUUACCUUGCUGAACAGGCUUAUGAUCCUUUUGUUAAUGCUAUAAUUUCUUCUCUUUCAUCAUCUGUGCGUUCGAUUCCUUCCAGGGGAAAUGAGUGUUUCGUUACUUUAAGCAGUGUUGAUGAAUCAUUUCCUUCUGUUACAUUGAAAUUCGCGGGUGGUGCAUCCAUGCCACUAAAGCCUGAGGAUUACCUAUUGCAGCAAGGCUCCGUUGAUAAUUCUAUUAUAUGGUGUAUUGGCUGGCAAAAGAACCAGGGCUCAGGAAUAACAAUCCUAGGAGACCUUGUUCUAAAGGAUAAGAUAUUUGUUUAUGACUUGGCGAAUCAGCGCAUAGGGUGGACAAAUUAUGAUUGUUCUCUGUCUGUCAAUGUCAGUGCAUCAUCGUCUGGUAAGAACCAGUACCUGAAUGCCGGGCAGCUGGAUGUCAAUGGAUCAUCACAAAUUGCAUUUGCCAAUCUGCUAUGGACCAGUAUUGCAAUUGUACUUGUGUAUAUUCUCGCUCUAUGCAGCUUAAGACAAUAGCAAACACCAGAUAGAUUGUAAAUCAAUUCUUCAUUUAUGCGAUGAGAAUAUACAGUAAAUCAAUAUUUAUUUUCAUCAAGUAGAGGUCCUCCUUGUCUUUGAAAAUUUGAGUGCCAAUUAUCAGUCUCUUCUGUGUUCAUGCCAUCACAGUAAAUAAAUGUGAUUCUACACCUUAAA